AUGUAUUUCUUCUUUCCCCUUCUUGCUGGUUCAUUGUUUCAAACUUUUGAUACCAAAAUGGAUAUUUUCUUUAAUGCUAUUGAAGAAAGUGUUAAUAUAUUCCAAGUAAUGCCAACAGAACAAAAUUCCAACAUUCGAUCAUUUAUCAUUUUUUAUCAAAUUGAAGAUACAGACAUUGUUAAAGUAUCUCGAAAACAAUUUGCAAACACAGAUAUUGAAUCAGAUUGGGAAACUAUUUCAGUUGAAGAUGCUACAAAGCCAAUAUCGAGCAAUGGACCUCUCAAAGUCUGGGUUAAACCUUCAUUUAAACAUCAUGUUUUAUUGCGCGGUGGUUAUGUUAAUCCUGAGUUUUGCCCAAAUGGAGUUAUUUUUGCUUCGAAAAACUUCAACCUUGAAGAAAGAAUGCAAAGUGCUGGAAUUCAAUAUCCUCAUACAUUUUGUGCUCUAUUUCCUUACUACGAAUUUACAGUUACCCUUAAAAAUACUUUAACAGAAGCUGAUACCUUUAAAUACAUGUCAGCUGCUAACGUUCUUAGUGAAUUAACAGUUAACCAACAAAUUGAGGGAUUUUCAAAAAGUGAAUUUCCUCUUCUUGUUGUAAUAAAAAUCGCAUCAAAAACACCUCCACGAUCACUAAGAUUUAACGUUCAAGGAGAAGAAAUUUCUGGUUCUGAUCCAGAAGAGUCAGCAGAAAGUUCACAACCUGUUCCAUCCACGCCGAAAACAGAUCAACCAAAAGACAGAAAUAAAACGCCAGAGAGAACUCCAGAAGAAUCGUGGGAUGGAGUAUGGUUAGACCCACCAAAUGUGAUUGUUAGAGGCGAAGAUGUUCCAGAAAUUAAAGAAACGCAUCUUCCAAUUCAAACAAAUUAUGUUAAGAAGGAAAUAACACGGGUACAAAAAGCAGUUAAUAUAGGAAUUGGUGGAGUUUUCAUAAUUAUUACCGUAAUUUUAGGAAUAAUUAAUAUAGCAAGAACGUAUCAUAAGCUGAAAUAUGAUGAAUACGAGUUUUCGGAUUCAAAUUUCGAAUCCGAUUUAGAUUUAUCAUCUUCAAUCUUAUAUGAAACCAUAAGCACAUCUGAAGAACAAAAGGACAAACUGUAUCCAUAA